CCACUACGCCUCCCCUCCAUGUAUUGGCCCGUGCGCAGAGAAAGCUCCAAUCGUUUAUCGUUAUCAUCUGAUAAAAUUUUAGGUUUUUUUGUAAAUUUCCAUUUGUUCAACAUCAAGAUCAAGAUACCCUCAACAAUAACUUCUACCACCAUCUUGAAUCCGUUCGUCAUAAUUCAGAUUAAACAAGAUGCUAUCACUACGAGUUGUUGCGCGAUCAGCGCCCCGGACUCUUAACCGUCUCAGCUCUACCGCGCUCCGUCAAUCCAGAGUAGCUCGACCGAGCUCUCUACUAAAGUCGUCAUGGGCACCCCUCAGAUCGUCGCAGUUCGCAUCUGCCUUCUCGACGUCCCAAUUUAGACAAUCCGCCGCCGAGGUUGACCAGGAACUAUCUGUCAAGCUCGACAGCGAACUCCAGUUUGAGGGCUCGAUGAAGGAAGUCGACCAGUAUCCCGCCAGCGUCAAAGACUUCCUCGAGAACAGCCCCUUCGAGCUUAAGGACGAGCCCGGCAAAGAAGAUGUCACUCUGACACGGAAGUUCGGUAAUGAGACCAUCACCGUCAGCUUCUCCAUCUCUGAUCUCGCCAACUACGAGAACGAUGACCUCUACAAUGACGAGUCGCUCAAUGACGACGAAAUCGACGUUCCCGAGGCCGGCCAACGUUCCGCACAAUCGGAGAACGAUGAGCUCCUCGACGAGGAGGACGAGACUAACGAAACGCCGGUGCCGUGCCGGCUGAACGUCGUGGUGGAGAAGCCGGGUAAGGGCGCUCUUAACAUCGAAGCGCUGGCGCAGGACGGCCAGAUCAUGGUCGAGAACUUUUACUACUUCAAGGACCCCAAGCUGGCGCACGGCGAGACGGCCGAGACGGCCCACAUCGCCCAGGACGUGUACCCCGGCCCGCCCUUCGGCACCCUCGACGAGGACCUCCAGCUCCUGAUGGAGCGCUACCUCGAGGAGCGCGGCGUCACCCAGGCCCUCGCCGUCUUCGCCCCCGACUACAUGGACAUCAAGGAGCAGCGCGAGUACCAGACCUGGCUGAAGGACGUCAAGGCCUUUAUCGAUGCUUAGAAUUUUUUUUCGGCGUCGGUGGGGUGGGGACGGGGAAAAAAGGGGGUUCAAGGUCGAGCGAUUAGGACGAAACGACGAAUGAGGAUUAAGGAGGCAGAGAUUAUAAAACCUCCCGUGAUGUAUUAUGAGGAAUCACUCGUCCUGAUGUAACUUUUCCACACUCCGCAUGUAUAAUAAAAGAAAAAUGGCCACUACUGAAA